ACUCUGAGAGAAAGCCAACGUGAAGUAAUGCUGUGAGUUAACGUGUUUAGUCCACACCACGAAUUUGUAUUCUACACAUCCAUGGUCCACACAGUCCAUUAGAAAUGAAGACAGAAAGUGACCACUGUUAUUGUGGACAACUAGAUCCAGCACAGCCCGUAGGGACUUUUCAGUGCCGCCAGUGUAGGAAGCGUUUUCAUCCAGGUUGCUUACAUUCAGGAGUUUCUUCACCAUUAAAUGGUGACACUUUCUACAAUUUCCUUUGUAGUAGAUGUGGGGAAAAUAAUGAGGAAGAAUAUGAAAGAGGAAGUAUAUCAUGGCAGAAUGUUGUAAUGCUGGCACUUUAUAACCUCCAACUAGGAGGUGGAGGGAAGAAAGGGUAUUUCCGCUGGAAGGAACAUGUAUGCGCCUUCAUCGAUAAGCACUGGGAUGUUUUGUUUGGAAAGAACAGGAAGAAAACAAGUCUGUGGCAUGGUACUGUGGCUGGAACCUUGUCAAGUGGCAGUCCACAGUACUUUCUUUCAGGAACCUUAGAACUGGGUGAACAUGGGUGGUGGAAACUUGCAGAAAUGAAACCACCAACAUUUACCGUUGAUCCAGUAUCUAAAGGAGGAGCUAAGCGCAACAGAUCCAAGAAUCCAGAUGUCAUAGCAACAGCUGCAGCAGCCUUUAUUAUCGAUGGAAGUGAGCCAAAAAGAUCUCGACGUUCUCACUCAUUCUCACUGAAUGCUGCCAUAGAACUUAAAGCAAAAUGCAAAGAUAUCAAGGAAUCAAAGAGAAGCCGAAAAGUGCAAGCUCAUGAAGACCUGCUACAGUCAACUGCAAAGUCUUCGAAAGAAAGUGUUGCAGAGACUGAGGGCAGCAUCAGUCUGCUUCAAGACACUCUGGCACCUCGCACCAGUAUGGUGAAGAUGCCAGGGUAUGCAGCAAAAUCAUUUAGAUGCAGAACCACGACAGUCAUUGCCCAGGAGACCAGUCAUUUCCUUGCUGCAGGGCCAGCUGAUGAAGAAUCCAUUGAUUUUGCACCAUCUGAAAACAGCGAUUUCUCAAUGUCUCUUCAGUCAUCCAGAAGCUCCAGUCAACCAGACUUUUCACUGGAUGAUAGUCAAGAUUCAUCCAGCUUUCUCAGGCAAGACACCUGGAAUUCUUUACAGCAGCAGAAACUAGAUGUUCUUCCUCCAUUGCUGUUGAUGGAAAAUGAAGAUGAAGAUGAUUUUGAAAUUGACCCAGCCAGCAUGUCUCCAGUGGGUUUGGAUACUCAUCAUGGAAUUCAGAACUCCUCGGUCAUUAAAGAAUUUAUCACGAACAUUACAGAAUCUGCGUUAAGAGAAGUUCAAGGCCAUAUGAAAGUAGAAGACUCUGCUGUCGCCAGGGAUUCAGACAAUCUUAGUGAAGUGGAAGAAGACGAAGAGAGAAACAACGAUGAGUCAGAAGAAGAAAACAGUGGGAGUGAGAGAGAAAGCAACAGACUGGCCACUGCUGGUAAAGUACCAGCACGAAGCAAGCGUCAUUUUCGAAUGUCCAAGAAAGAGGCAAAUGCUGAUGAAGAAGGCGAAAAGGCGCAAGAGAACCUUCGCCCCAUGUCACUAUAUGAGGAGGUAGUUUUGCUGAGAAAACUCAACAGCCUCACAAAAGCUAGAGAGUCUGCAGAGGAAAAAGAGAAGCCCCAAAAUACAGAGGAGGAACGCUUGUGUCUCUCUCAAAGGAUGUUGAGAAGGAAGUUGAUUGUGAGAAAGCUGAAACGAGAGCAUGGUUUACCUGUUUUUGAUCUGGAUGCUGCAAUGGCUCAGUGGGUCAGGAAGAAUGUAGACAACAAUCAUACCCAACAGGAACCAGAAGAAGCAAACUCCUAUUCCAGCACUUUGGUCCACCAUCCAUAUGGAUAUGCUAGAUUUUUGAAAAGCUAUAAGGAAUUUGAUCUUCAGGACCACUAUACAUCAUUUUACACACGUCUUAUGGGUUUUGAUGAUGAUCAGCGCCUACCCAUAACAAGUCCUUACUCUAUGAGAGUGUUAAAGCCUUUCAUCUUUAGAGACUCUGCUGCUUCUCCACUGCGAGUACAACUUCUACAAGAAAUUAUUGCCCAUCCACACAGAAAUGACCCCUCCUGGCAGCCAGCACUACCAGCAACCCUUGAUUACUGCUAUGUAAGACCUCAGCACAUACCAUCUGUCAACUCUAUGUGUCGAACCUUCUUUUGGCCUGGCCUUGACUUAUCAGAGUGUUUGCAGUAUCCAGAUUUUAGCUGUGUUGUCAUGUACAAGAAACUUGUGGUGGCUUUUGCCUUUAUGGUCCCUGAUGUAAAAUUCAAUGAGGCCUACAUCUCCUUCAUCUUCACGCAUCCCGAGUGGCGUGGUGUGGGUAUAGCACACUUCAUGCUGUAUCAUCUUAUACGAACUUGCAUGGGAAAAGAUGUCACACUACAUGUCUCAGUAACCAAUCCUGCUGUGCUGCUUUAUCAGAAGUUUGGAUUUAAAGCUGAGGAACUGUGCCUUGAUUUCUAUGACAAGUAUUUUCCAGUGGAUUCUAAGGAAUGCAAGCAUGCAUUCUUCAUGAGACUAAGGCGAUGAGAUGUUUGCAAAUUUUGUUGGGUUUUUUUGGGGGGUGGGGUGGGGGGUGAAACUGCUGCUUUUGCUCGAAUGGUGUGUGAAGAAUGAGCCUUGCCUUUGUCGUGGUCAUUUAAAAUUACAGAAUAUGAACUAUUCUCAACAGUAGAAUAAAAAUGGUUUCAUAAAAUUUCA